AUGAUUGUCCCGAGAGACGAAACGCUGACGGUGAACUCGAGGUUCGGUAGCCCUUCGGUAACUGUCUGCUUGUUUCUCACCGUUGAAUUACUGAUCGGCGCUCUUCUGUCGGGCUUUCUAGCCGUUCUUGAGAUCGUGAAAUCCCGACUGCCCAAACCGCCGAGAAAUUUAACCGGCGAUGUUGUCCUGGUAGCUGGGGCCUCGUCGUCUCUCGGCAAAUCCAUCGCGGAAGAAUUCGCCAAGAAUGGAUGUACCGUCAUUUGCGUGGACCGUGAGUCGAAAUCGGUCGAAGAAAUAGCCUCUGGUCUGCAAGCGCGUUAUCCCGUUGUCGAAGAAGUCAGACCAAGUCAUCGAAAAGACGAUUCGCCGCGACCAACCGCAGCAAUAACCGCUUACAAGUGCGAUUUAUUGAACAGUGAAGACAUACGGAGAACCGCCCAAAAGAUCAAGAACGAGGUCGGUAGGGUUGACGUUUUGGUAACUUGUGUGGGCAACAUGGAUCAGGAUAUAUUCGACACAGCCAGCAAAACUCUGAUGAGCCAUUUCUGGACGGUAUUGGCGUUUUUACCACUGAUGUUGUAUCGCGAGCGAGCGCAUAUCGUCGGUGUCACGCCAGUUGCAUCAAAUUGUGACGCGUACCACGGUUCAAGAGCAGCGAUAGCCAGUCUGAUGGAAAGUCUGACCGAACAAUUGAGCAAUCACAGCAGCCAGCUGACGUUCCUCGCGUUCUCGCCAAUCGCAAAAUACAGCACGCCAACAGAAACCGAGAAAGAGGUAGCUGUAGACAUCGUGCAGGCAGUUCGAACGGAUUGGAACAGUUUAAGAGUGGGCUGGAUCUCCAGGUUUUCGUAUCGUAUAAGCUGCGCGAUGUACAAUUGUAUAACGUCAUUCACGGAGUGGAUUGGUUCGCAAGGAUGCGAUUAUCCUGCAUAGAUCCCAUUCGUCUCU